UAUUUAGGUAGCGGUUCCGUCGCGCGCUGGCCGACUUUGCUAGACUUAAUCAAUCCUUGCGGCUCCUGUUCUGCUGAAUGAAUGAAUGACUGCUGCUGCUGCUGCUGUUGUCAUGACCGCCUCGACCCUGCGAUAGCAUGGCCAACAGCACCAUCACGCCGGCCAUGGCGCCGCCGGCCGGCACGACCUCCAAUUUUGUCGACCCGCCCUCCGACGGGACCCGGUUUCUGGUCGUCAAUUGCAUCUUUCUCCCGUUGGCCGUGAUUGCGUUGGCGGUGCGGACCUGGACCCGCGUGGUGGUCGUGCGCAGUGUGUCCUGGGAUGAUUAUAUCAUGAUCGUUUCGGUGAUCCUCUCGUGUGUUCUUUCUGCCGUGACUCUGCGUAUGCUCAACUACGGCCUCGGGAGACACAUGUGGGAUGUGCCCGAGGACCACUACACUCCUUGGUUUCUCAAACUUAACGUCAUCGCCGCCAUCUUCUACUGUGCCGGCACCGGCUUCACCAAGGUCUCCGUGCUCAUCUUCUACCUGCGCAUCUUCCCCAGCCAGGGCUUCCGCCGCGCGGUGUGGACCAUCGUCUUCAUCGCCAUCGGAUACAACGUAGCCAGCGUGCUCGUCAACAUCUUCGCCUGCUACCCCAUCGCCGGGUCCUGGGAUUUCACCAUCACCGACAUCGCUUGCAUCGACCGUCCAGUGUUCUACUUUGCCAACGCCGGACUGGGCAUCUUUACCGAUUUCGCGACCGUCCUGGUUCCGAUACCAUGGCUACGCCGUCUCCAGAUGCCAAUGCGACAGAAGAUCGCCAUCGGGUUCAUGCUCGCGAUGGGCUGUUUUGUCGGUGUGGUUAGCUGCAUCCGACUAUCGAGUCUGUAUAUCCUGCUCAAGAGCACAGAUCUGACCUGGGUCACCACCAACGCACUCAUGUGGUGUACCAUCGAACUCAACCUCGGCAUCAUCGGCGGCUGCAUCACCGCCAUGCGUCCCUUCGUGCGCCGCUACUUCCCCCGACUGCUGGGCCUGUCUUCGUCCAGCGGCUACGGCGAGUCCGGGUCGCGCAAAUUCACCCAUCCCCUGAACUCGAUCCCGCGCGAUCACCCCGACUUCAGUAAUCGCAGCCACCACUACUCGACGCGGCUGCGCGGGGGCGCGGACAACGAGAGCGAGACGCAUAUUCUCCCUGAGCUGGGGUUUACGGAUGCGGAUGGGAUUACGCGCACGGUGGAAUUUAAGGUGCAGAAUACGAGGUAG